CCCCGCCGCCAUGCCAUCCAACGACCACUCGAGCAAGCCCUACACCCGGCCACACGUCGACGCAGAGCCCUUCACCGACUUUACAGUCUCCGGCUCCAACCACCACUGCGUCCUGAGCAGCAUAGAGCAGGUCGUGGUCGAGGACCGUCCGAUCCCAGCGGUCGGCGACAACGAAGUGCUGGUCAAGGUCAUGUCAACCGGAAUCUGCGGCACGGAUGUAUCGUACUACUCCAACGGUCGUAUCGGGGGGUCGGUGAUCACCCAGCCGCAUGUCCUAGGGCACGAGUCGGCGGGCAUCGUGUACGCCGUCGGCAAGCUUGUGGACACGAUCAAGCCGGGCGACCGUGUCGCGAUCGAGCCGAGCUUGCCGUGCCGCGACUGCCGUUUCUGCAAAGAGGGAGCGUUCAACUACUGCAAGUAUGAGCGCUACCUCGCCGCGCCGCACACCGACGGCACCCUGUGCCAAUGGUACGCUUGCCCCACCCGCAAUGCGGUCAAAAUCCCGGCCAACCUCAGCUGGGAGGAGGCAGGUUGCAUCCAGCCGCUGGCGAUCGCGAUCCAGAUCGCACGGCGCGCGAAUCUGCGCCCACACGCGCAUGUCGUCGUGCUUGGCGCCGGGCCGCUCGGACUGUUGUGCAUGGCCGUCGCGAGGUCCUACGGCGCACGGAGCAUCACUGCGCUCGACCUGUCCACCGAGCGCCUGUCCUUUGCGUCCAAGUAUGCCGCGACGCACACCUUCGUCUCGAGGACGCCGGAGCCUGGAGCCGAUCCCCUCGAGUUCCACGCCAGGUUUACAGAGUACCUCCUUGACGUGGUCGGCGCCGAGGACGGGAUCGACGUCGUCAUCGACACCACUGGGGCCGAGGCGCCGAUCCAGCUCGGCAUGACGCUGCUCCGGUCUGGCGGCAACUUCGUCCAGGCCGGGCUGGGAGCCCCGCUCAUCACCUUCCCCAUCCUGCAGGUGGCCACCAAGGAGAUCACGGUCUCGGGCGCGUUUCACUACACUGCGCGUUGCUUUGAAGACGGCAUCGACCUGCUCGAGCGCGGGCUCGUCGAUGUGCGCCCGCUCGUGACCAAGACGUUUGGCCUCACGCAGUCGGAGGAGGCGUUCAAGGCUGUUCGGAGUGGGCACGAGAUCAAGGUGGUCAUUCGGAACCAGGAGCUCGCCCUGGCCGCUCGCCGACCAGCGACCACACGACUUGCGCUACUCGGUACCCACGCUCAGCCUUUACGCUUCAACUCGACGCAGAGUGGCAAAGACAAGGAAGGGUGGGAGGAGGUCCGCGAGGAGAAACUCGGCGAGGAGCACAAGAAGCACCACUGGAUGAAGGACACGCGCAACUUUAUCCUCGUCGGCGGCGUGGUGGUCGCCGCGGCCGGGCUCUACUUCUACUAUCGCAACGAGGAGCGCGGCGUCGAGGCGCUCGGUGACCUGGCCCAGCUGGCGCAGAGGGCACGCGCGGCGUCCAAUGCGACGGCUGGUGCGUCGCACAUCCACCCCAGCCUCGCGGACACAGUGCUGGCCACACGCGCGUUCGAGCCGUGGGCACCAGCGCCCGUGGUGCAGGUGUACGCCGAGGCUCUGCCCAACAUCAUCUCUGGCCCGGCUGGCGUAUUCCCGCACCUGUCCAAGGAGGACGCCGACGCCGCCGUCAAGGAGCUCAAGCAGUUUGGCGAUGACGUCAAGACUGUUACCGACCGGAUCGGCAAGGAGCUCGAGAAGGCUGAUCCGUCCAAGGUCAACUGGCAGAAGGUGUCCACCGAUCUGAGGAAGCAGAUCGGCGAGGACCGUUCUCAGGUUGUGGACUUCCUCGUAGGCCGCGCGCCGUCCAAGGCCGACGUCGACAAGGUGCUCAAGGCGCUCGCAGAGAUCGACCAGGCCGAGCUGAAGGAGCUCGAGGCCAUCGCGUCCAAGGUAUGGCAGGAUAUCCAGGCGCACGACGACGGCGGGGACGCCGAGGACGUCGCCAAGAACUUUAACAAGGCGUACGACGGCGACCGGCACAAGCUGGUCACCAAGGUUAAGCGCGUUGCCCGUGCGUCGGGAGUCCCCGCCGCCAACGUCGAGUACUGGGCCCACAAGGAGGGCCGCGUGUCCACCGACAAGUCGGCGCAGGAGGUCGUCCAGCAGCUCCGCGACCUCGACGACUGGCUGCCCGACUCGGAUGCCGUGCACGCCAGCGUUAGCAAGGCUUCGCCUAGCUGCGGGAAGAUCUAUGACCGGUCGGUUGACACCAAGGGGAGCAAGUAGAACAAACUACGUGCAGCUGCAGCCGUAACAGAUGUAUCAUCAUGCAUCCCCAGUGACUAUGGG